AUGGCUUCAUUAGCUUCCAACCUACCCCUCGCUCCCGCUACCACCAUCAAGCUACCUAAUGGCCGGUUUGUCUGCAAGAGCCACUGGCUUAUCAUCUGUCCGGAGUGUGCGGUUGAUUUGCGCUCUGCCAAAGAGAAUGACGAUAUCAACAUUGAUGAACUUGAGGAUGGAAGGGCCAAAUUCUAUGAUGGGGAUGAUAAGCCCCCGUAUCCUGGGGCUGAAUUUGAGGAAGACGAGCAAGAUUUGGAACCAGUGGAUGAGGGCGAAGAGGAUAGUCGCGUGGUCUAUGUCCGUGCGGGACCUCCAUUUGGAAAGAAACUCAGGCUUGGAUACGGCAAAGCAGUGCCUGGUAUUUAUGUUCCUCGCGGACCAAAUACCAGUCCGGCAUACCUCUUCCCAGAUCGGAUUAUUCCAGGUAAAUCGAUGCACCGAUUCAUCAAUCGAGACGAUCCCACGCAGUUUUUAAUCUACACCAGGGGUCGUUGGGAGCCACGCACGAAAGUGGGAUGUGCCUUUGCUUUCAGAUCACCAACAAAGACAAUGGGGAAGUCCGGCUACGUAUCUUUUCCCAUGGAGAUGGAAGGACCGAUGGGAAGCCGUGACGCUACAGAUGUCCUCAGAGCGGAGCUUCGUGCGAUGCUUGCUGCUUUACGUUUUCGGGACUGGAGUAAAGAUGGGUUCAAGACCAUGGUACUUGCGACGGACAAUAACACACUCGGCAACGCUAUCACAACCUGUGUGCCGGGCUGGAAGUCGCGGGGCUGGAUAACAAAAUCGAAGAAAAAACCAGUUGCCCACCUGGACCUUUGGCAAUGUUUUCUUGGGGAAAUCGAAAGGUUCCACGAAGCAGGCCUUUCAGUCAAAAUUUGGCAUAUUUCACCUGCUUCUAAUACAACAAUUCGCGAAUAUGCAUCCCGUGCUACUAUGAGCGAGCAGCUACAAGAAUUUGGAGAUAUCGUUCCAGAAGCUGUGGUUCGCGGAUGGUGA